AUGAUUUCUUCCCCUUGUAGGGCUGCUGACUCCAAGCCCAAGUACUGUCAGAAGUGCCUUCAGGAAGGCCAUUGGACAUACGAAUGCAGAGGUAAACGCAAGUAUCUCGAACGCGAGACAAGAACCACGCGUCUAAACAGAAAAAUGGAAAAAAUGGACAACAGUAGAAGCAGUUCUGGAGCAUCUAGUUCCAGUUCGAGUAGCUCAGAAAGCGGCGGAAGCAGCAGCGAAAGUGGUUCCGAGGGUGAUGCGGAGACUGGCACUUCACAUAAACACAGUGGGGACUGA